UUUCCAAUUAGUCACAAUUUUGUUACAUUUUCCAAUGUUAAUAUAAUAUAAUGUUGAGUGAAAUAAUCGAGGAUCGAGGUGGUGGGAGACCGGCAACGUUGCCAGAGUCGCUUGUUUAGAUUGCGAUGUUGCAGUUACCUGAUGUAGUCAAGUAUCAGAAGUGUUGUCCGUUUGUGGCAUAUUUAUUGAAAAUAUAACCUGUUUCCACGUGGCGAAAAGUUAAUACGGCACUACUAGAAAUCUUCCCAUAAAAUGCUAUAACAUUGAAAAAUAUUUAAUUAUCAAGAUAAUUAAAUUGUGAGAUUUACUGUGCGGAAUUAUAUAUAAUGGAGGAAAUACGAACUGGAACAAUGCAUAAUACAAAAUCUAGUUCUAUAGUCUCAUGUGUCGAUAGAACUGAUAUUGAUGAAUUGUCAAAAGAAAAAGAAGAAGAAUUAUUAUUUGGUGCGGAAGAAGAGGGUGAUGACGAAGAUGCACUUUCAGAUGAUAGUUUACGUUUAAGAUUAUCUGACGAUGAUGAUGUUGAACAAGAAGAUAUUACAACAAAUGACGUAAAUGUUUUGGAAACAAAAUCACAAAUUAAAAAAGUUGAACAGUCAUCUGAUGUAAUUGCAGAGGAAAUAUUGUGUUCUGAUUCGCAACGGACUGCGGAAGAGUCUAUCAAACUUGACAGUGAAGAACCAGUGCAGAAGGAGCAUAAUAUAGCAAUUUCAGAAAAUUCAGCAUUACCCUUAGAUGAAUAUAUAUCAGAAAGUGAACAAAUACAAGAUAAUAUAGAUAAUUUGGAAAAUACCAAUACGAAUAUUAAUGAAUUCAAUGAAAAAUUUACUUUUAAAUCUAGUAAAAAUUCAAAGAUUAUCGAAAUAAGCGACGAGUGUUCAAGUAUAAUAUUUGAACAACAUGUAGAAUUAAAAAAUGAUACUUUACUUACAAACAAUCAUGUACAGACAAACAAUCCUCGAAAUGCGAAGUUAAUCAUUCAUACUGAAGAAAAUUCAAAAAAGGCAACCAUCGAUACAAAAGAAAUAAUUUCAACAAAUACUUGUGAGCUAAACAACUUAGAAAAUGCAGGCGAUAAUAGCGUGUGUAUAGAUUCUGAUAAUAUUACAAUAUGUAAGAGUGAAAAAUUAUCUACAACUGCAACUGUUUCUGAUAGUAAUGAUGAUAGUUUAGGAAAUGAAACAGAUAAAAAAAUUAAUCGCUCUUUAAAAAAUUGCUCACCUGUCGAACUUAUCAAUGACUUAGAUUAUGUGGAUUUAGUCAAAUCCGGUAAUUCCAAUGACUUAUUAUUUUAUAAAGAUACUAUUAAACAUGAUAAUAAAAACAAGAAUAUAGAGCCUAUGAAUGUAAUAGAAAACAAAAAUGUAUCACAAAUAUCGAAAUUCACAGAAAAAAAGACGAAUCUCUCAGUAGAAAAUCAAAUUAAUUUCCCAAAUGUAAAAGACAACAUAAAAAUAACGAGCAAGAAUCGUGAUGCUGAUAAAGUUAUAAUCGAAAAUGUAAAUAAUAUGCCAAUAUUGCAAAACAUUUUAUUAAUAUCUAGUGAUGUGGAUUCCAAUAACGAAAAUGGAAUUAAAAACGUUGAUACAGUCAUUCCAAGAAGAAAACGAUAUAAAAAAACGAUUGAUACAGUACAAAAUUGUGCUGAAGAAGAUAAACAAGAGAAAAAGGAAAGUGGACGACAAAAGCGAAAAACUGCUAAAAAUGCAGAAGAGCUAAUCAGAAAAAGGUAUCUUAAUAGUGGCAGUGAUUCUAGUGAUAGUGCGGAACGAAUUGUAACAGGAAUAAAAAAAGUGAAGCAGGGUAUAUCCACAUUAUCACCUUCAUUAAAACGUAAUUGUAUGGAAAAGGAGGUUUUAAACGGUAAUAUUAAGAAAACGAAGAUGAAUAUUAAUUCUGAAGAAAAUAAUGAUAUUACGCAAUUAUCCUUCGUUGAAAAAUUUUUUCGGAGGGAUAGUAAAGGGGAACUACCAAAGCUUACACAGGAGGAAUUGGAAGAACUUCUGAUUCAGAAGAUUGUUGAAACGAUUGCAAUGCGUAGUGAAAUCGGGCAACUUAGAGAACAAGCUCGCAUAUCGGAGAGAUAUCAAGAAGUAACGCGUGUAAAAUUACAACAAUUAAUGAAGCAAGUUAAGGAUUUCGAAAUGGUUCUGAAUCGUAAUGCAAUAGACCGUCGUGCGAAUCCUGAUAAAACUAUUGCGCCCAUAAAAAUAAACAGAUCUGUAGGCUUGCAAGUCAACUUCAUAACGGAACACGGAAUACAGAAUUUACGACAGGUACAGCAAACCAUGCUUAAACCUGCAGCAAACCCUUCAAGCAGCGGUAGUUCUUCAUCUGUUGAAGCAAAUAAUAACGUAGCAAACUCAAAGCGCAGUGGAAUUAAGACAAGAUCGCCCCGAUCUAUAGCAACUACGACGACUGCUCCUACAGUCACGCAGAACUCUGUACCAAUGCCGCCUCUUAUUCCCACUGUGACACCCGCAGCUUUGGUUGUUGCUAAACCUUUAGAAUCGCCACAUACACUAACGUUGUCUAAUCAGCCUGCCAGCAUAAUUAAUAAGCCAAUCUUACCUGCUGUAAGUAAUCAACAACAGAUUCAAACACAACCGCAUCAGGCUAUUGUUCUAAAUGGUAAAAUACAAAAUCAAGUAAAUCGUCCGACACCGAUAGCUCCAAAACCAAGAAGUAAUGAUCUUAUCGACCUUACGGACGAGGAAGAAAAAAAUAAAUCAAAUGUGAAAGUUACGACUACAACUACUGCUAUGAUCGAGCAACAAUUGAAUGCGACGAAAUCUGGGCAAUUCCAAAGGGUAAUACAAACAAUACCGACGAAUGUAGCAAUUACAACGCAACCGACUAGUAUAAAAGUGAUAACAUCUAAUCAACAAUCAACACCGACCCUUGUUAGUAAUAUGAAUCCGCCCAGAUUGGCGUAUUUGAUGCCAAGUACUACAGGUUCACCAAGACAAGUACUAAUAGCAUCAAACACUAAUCAGCAAGUGCAGAUACGACCAGUGGCCACGUCACCAAUGAAUAGUAAUAGACCACAGUUUUCAAGUGUUAAUUAUAAAACAGGAAUACAAACACUCGCGAACGGUCCUGUACGUGUAAUAACCACGCCAGUUUUAUCAAAUAUACAAAUAAGUAAGCAUCCUGCACCACUGCCAGAUACUCCAAAUUACGCAACGACACCUGGCUGGAAACUUCCACCGCCGGCUCCAUCGUUGAAGAUCUCAAAGGUCUCGAAUGGUAUAGUGUUAUCUUGGAAUAUGAAUCUAACGGAUAAAUAUGCGGAUAUCGCUAGUUAUCAAUUAUAUGCGUAUCAGGAAGUCGCUGGUAUGAAUCCUAGCACGUCUCUUUGGAAGAAAGUGGGGGAUGUGCGCGCACUGCCGCUUCCUAUGGCAUGUACUUUAACGCAGUUUUCUGAAGGUAACAAUUAUUAUUUUGCGGUCAGAGCAGUCGAUACACAUUCUAGGAAAGGCCAAUACAGUAUACCUGGUAAUAUCUCUUUGUAAACGAAUAAUGCAACUUUUGAGAGCUCCAUUCUUUCAUCUUUCAUUUUUUGUAAUUUUCGCGUUCAACGCGAGAUUGUGAUAAAAGUAUAGUCUGGAGUCCAUCUUAUAAUGAUAACACAGUAUAACAGAUCUGAUUUAAUUUGAAUAAUGAUUUGGUCAAUUUUUAUCUUGAAUUAUCAAAUAUAAAUGUAGUAACUUCCAUUAAUAUUAUCAUCAUAAAUGCUCUUCCACACAUAAUUUAUUGUACAUAAAUUUAUAAUAAAUAUUUUUUUUGUCAUUAUUUAUAAUAGACAAAUUUUCACAUAUCCUUUUGAGGCAAAAUAUUAAUGUUAUAUUUAUACAUAUAAUUAUGUGUAAUUUUUCUUAAAAAGACAUGAUAAAUUUCUUAAAAAACAU